CACUCGGUGGUAUGUAGUAAUUAGCAACAUUGUUGCCAGUCCCUACACCAACGCGGAGUCUUCAUCUGUAGACAUCAAUUGCAUCCAACUAUUAUUUCAAUUUACGUUUGGAAUCAUAUUAGAAUGAUAUUCGUUUAAAUUAAAUCAGAGUUUAUAGAAUUAAGUAGUAUGAAUUCAGUUCUCGAGUACAUCUGCGAAUGAGUUAUGUUGUGAGUUUAUAAUUUUCAAGUUUCAGUUGUUGUUACAAAAACACUUUAGCCAAAGAUAAUUACUUAUUGCUCUUCUGAUUUCUUUCUCAUCAAACUGAACAACUAACAUUUACAUUAAAGUUCUGAUGCAUGCAAUAUACUAGUUGUUGUAAGAAGUGGUAUUAUCAAUCUUGAACAAUCUCAAAGUAAUAUUAACCAACUUUUUGUCACAAAAAAUAUCGUCUUUGCUUGGAAUCUUAAGAUAGUGUCUACUUUAUAUGGUUGCAAGGAAGACAUUGUAAUGGAGUUCAUUUUCAAAGUUUGUAAAUUUGUCAUAUCUUUACGUUUGGAGACAUUUAAAAGGUUAUAUUGAGAUAUUGAUGAAUAAUUUUAUCUAAAAGAUAAUACAAAAUCUGGAAGGAAUUUAAACAAAUUCGUCACACUGGAGAUACUGCAUGUAAUAUCAAAAUCAAAUAUUUUGGUAAUAUGUCAUCAUCAGCACUAGACAUAAUGGGUCUUCAAGAUGCAUCUCCUCCAUUUGGAUCACAUCUGUCAGGAUUAUAUAAAAGAAGCUUCGCUUAUGUCACUCUAAAAGAUCGAGUACCUGUAACAGUAACUCGAAUUAUUGACCGAAUGAGCAGGAGUAAAGAUGAAAUUAUUGAGAAAUAUGGACAGGAUUCAGCAGAAGAAUUGAAACAAGUUAUUGGUGAUCUCAGUGAGUUAAAAAGUGAACUCAUGACUAAUAAGUUUUUAUCACGUUUAAAUAGUACUAAUACUGAAAAUAGCAAUGAUAUUAUUAAAUGGAAUAGAGAAAUUGAAAAUCAAAUUGAUAAAGGCAAACCACCAACAUGGUACAAUGCUACUUGGUUAUUUAGUGAAUGUUACAUGUAUCGACGAAUAGCACAAAUAUUUCAAGUAACCAAAACAUUAACUUCGUAUGACCCUUUUGAAAGUUUAAAAUAUGAAAGCUUCCAUCAAUCACUAGCACCAAUGUCAUCUUUAGCUAAAUUUAUAAACACACUUUUAAAUAAGACUGAAACUUAUUCACUUGAUGAACAAAAAACUGAUUUCAUUAAUUUACUCAAAAUGAAUCUUUGGGGAAACCAGUGUGAUUUAUCUUUAAGUGCUGGAGCAUCAAUACCUGUAGAAGACCAAAAUCCAUUCGACCAAAUUGCAGAAUUGGAAGAGAACCUUCUAAUUAACGAUAGUGAAUCAGUAUGGAAUCUGCUCAAUCAAGCUAAAGAAACAAGAAAGAAUAUUACAGUUGAUGUAAUAUUGGAUAAUGCAGGCUACGAACUUUUUACUGAUUUAUGUUUAGGAAUUUUUUUAACUAGUCAAAAUAUAGUUCAUAAAAUACGUUUUUAUGUAAAAAUGUUUCCUUGGUUCGUAAGUGAUACAAUGGAAAAAGACUUUUAUUGGAUGAUAGAUCAAUUAAAAAAUUCAUCAAACAAUAAUUUAAAAGCAAUGGGAGAAAAAUGCUUGGAAUAUUUAAAAUCUGAAAGAUGGUCUAUUGAAGUUGAAUCCUUCUGGACAGAACCAUUUGAUUUUUCAAAAAUGAAAACUGAAACACCGAAAUUAUAUAAUAAAUUAUCAGAAGCGGUUUUAAUAAUUACCAAGGGAGAUCUGAAUUAUCGAAAACUACUGGGAGACAUUAACUGGGAAUAUUCAACUAAAUUGAAAACUGCUUUGAGAGAAUUUCAACCGACUAACUUAAUUGCACUACGUACUGUAAAAGCAGAUUUGAUUGUUGGAAUAUCUUCUGAUAAAGCUGCUGAACUCUCUCAUAAAGAUCCGAACUGGAUGACUACUGGACAAUAUGGAAUCAUUAGUGCUGCUCUUAAUGAUUCGUAGACAUUAAAAUGUCAAAUGAAUGGAAUACCAAAAAA